AUGAAAAAUAGGGUAAAUGGAAGUCCAUGGAAUCCGAAAGUGCACAGUGUGAUUUGUAGUGCACACUUUGUUGGUAAUGAGCGGUCAAAUGAUUCUCGUAGCCCUUCUUAUGUGCCUUCAAUUUUUCCAGAAGUAUACAAGCGAAAAAUAGUUGAUUCAGAGCAGUCUUGUUCAAGAUAUCAACGUGUCCUAAAGCGCCAUAAAAUUAAAUCUACUUCUUCUGCUUUGGAAAAUACAACUGAUUGUAAUUUAGAUGACAUUUUAACUGAUAAUCCUUGUAAAACUGUAUCUACUUGUGAUGCUAGUACUCAGGUUGCAUUUGAACCUGUAGAAUCUGUUCAGUUUUCUUUUGAAUGUUCAUUUGAAAAUCAAAAUGUUAGAACUCAAGUAACUUCCCCAAAUGUCUGUCAUGGUUUUUAUAAUAUCCUUACAUCUACCUCUGAUAAAUCUUGUGGUCCAGAUUCAAGCAGUAUAAAUUCAUGCUUAUCUUGUGAUAGAUUUCAUGGAUUUAAUUCAAUAAAAAAUGAAAAUUCACUCAAAGACUUGACUGGUACUACUUAUAAAGUGUUCGACCUAUUAUGUUCAAUGCUACCACAAGUAUGCAAUAGUUCUACAAGUAAAAAUGAUGGACUAUUAAUAUUUCUGAUAAAAAUAAAACAUAACUUAACAUUUUCAGCAAUUGGUGUUUUAUUUAAUAUACUCCGUACUUCUGUAAGUAGAAUUUUUUUCCAGUGUUUAGAGAUAUUGAGCAUAAAAACGAAAAAUCUAAUUUUUUGGCCCAGUAAAAGUACAAUUAAAGAAACUUUACCUGAAGGAUUUAAAAAAUUAUACCCUAAUACCCGCUGUAUUAUAGACUGUACUGAAAUUAAAGUUGAACAGCCCCCCACAAUUGAACAAAGAGUGUAUAUGUACUCUAGGUACAAAGGCUGUUAUACUGUAAAAUUUUUAGCUGCAAUCACUCCCAGUGGAGCAGUUUCGUUUAUUUCUAAAUGUUAUAGAGGAAGAGCUAGUGACUCAUUUAUUACCAAUGACUCAGGAAAUAAAAAUUCAAUAUUAGUCAUGCCUCCUGUAUUACAUCAUGGGAGAUUCACUGAACAAGAGGUUCUUGAAACAUACUCCAUUGCUAGCAUCAGAAUCCAUGUGGAAAGAUUCUUUGCUAGGUUAAAAACUCACGGAGUGUUAAAUAAAAUACUAAUAGAGCUUCUACCUCAUAUAGAUGAUAUUGUUCAUAUGUGUUGUGUUCUGACAAAUUUACAACCUCCAAUAAUAAAAAAUGAUAAAAAAUGA